GUCUCAGCCUCAUUCUCCGUCGCCUCCUCCCUUACCAUCUUACCUCGACCCCGACCUCCCGUUUCAUCCGUCAAAGUCCAAGAGCCUGUUCUAAGUUCUCCGUUAUCGUCUUCACCCCUUUCACAUGUUGACUUUCAUACUGCCCCUUCCACCGAUGAUGAGCAAUCAGAAGAAGUUAUUAAGAGGGCCAAGCCUCGAAAGCGAACGAAAUCUGCGAGGUCCAAGUCGACUGCUUCCUCGUUUGAUCAAGAUGCUGGGGUCCGUAGAGGACGUCGUAGUACCAUUCCCUCGCUGAAAGUUCGCUUGUCAAAAAUGUCACCGCCGGAAGGGAUAUCUGACGACGACUCGUCCUCUGAAAGCAGUCCUAGUGUACACUCUCGACCUCCAUCCACAGCUAGGCGUGCACCAUCUGAAAAGAACGGAAUCGAUGACACGGAGGAGAGGACAUUUUGUCACCAUUGCAGGAGGGCUACAUUCCGCGAAAAGAUGAGAUGCACCAUCAUACAUCCAGAUAAACGCAUGUGUGGCAAGAGGUUCUGCGAAAAUUGCAUUCUGACAAGGUACCCUGAGGUCGAGUUUGACCCAUAUCAUCCCACAUUCGUCUGUCCAUGCUGC